UCCAUCAUUUUUGGAGUAGGUAAAUGAUCAAAGUUUUUUAUUACCUAAUCAUUCACUAUUACAAUGACUAUGUUCGUGACAAGUGUGUUCUAUUGGCCAGUACUUUUAAUAAUAGGUGCUUUUUUCUUAAAUCUUUUUUUCAAAUAUUGUUGCAUGAAAUGUAACAGCAAUGUAUGUUUAGUGGGAAAGACUGCUGUAGUUACAGGAGGAAGUUUAGGAAUCGGACAUGAAAUAGUGCUAUCCCUACUGUCAAGGGGAUGUAAAGUUAUAGUAGCAGACAAAAUAAUAACUGAAAGUGUUAAAAAGUCUCUUAUCCAGAAAACAAAAAGCUCAAACUUUGUUCUUGAGCUUGUAGACUUUACGUCUUUCAAAUCGGUUCGGAAUUUUGUUGAGAAAUUAAAGAAAACGGAAGAAAAAAUAGAUAUAUUGAUAAAUAAUGUUGGAAUAGGAAGAUGUGAUAAUAAACCUACUGAGGAUGGUUUGAAUGUACUUAUGCAAAUAAACUACUACAGUCCAUUUUUGAUGACACAUUUACUCAUCGAUUUGUUGAAAAAAUCUGAAGAACCCAAAAUUCUUUUCACAUCAUCAAAUUUAUCGUUUUUUCAUGAGCAUUGUGUCAAAAGCAUAACAGACGAUAACAUCAUAAUAUCAAAUAAUGCUACGACCUAUAUUGCAUCAAAAUUUUUUACGGUUGUAGCUUCAGAUAUUUUUGCGAAAAAACUAAGGAAGCAUAACAUCAUGUGUAAUAGUUACCAUCCUGGAGUAGUUAAGACAAAUAUUUUUAAUGAAACGCGAAAAUAUGCUACUUCAAAUAUGUUGGAUGUCGUAUUCAUGUUUGCUCUUGAUGUAAUAGUAUUUUUAGCUGGACAGAGUCCAAGAGACGCUAGUCAAACUGCAGUGAAUGUAGUAGUUUCAGAAGAAUUUAAAAAUGUUACUGGAGAGUUUAUUGGUGUGACAAGUAUUAAACCUCGGGGAUCUCAUGACGAAGUACUUUGUAAUAAGAUAUGGAACGCAUCAGAAAAAUUGGUAAAACUCCAACCGAAUGAAAAAUUAUAAUUUUUAUACUUAUAAUUAUAGUUUUUGUCCAAAAUUGUUAUUUAUUUUUUUAAUAAAGUAAGUCAGACUUG